CAGCAGCUUGUUUAUUUCCCGCACUAAACUGUACUAGCAUCAACCGCCGGAGCAAAGAAAAGGUGAGACCGACAAGGCCAUGGGGUGCUUCCAGAAACGUGCAUCUCUGGUGGUUGUUUUCAGCUUGCUGCUGCUCCUAACUGCUGCAGUUGCUGCAUCAUUCCGUGGUACAACGUCGUCUUCCUCCACACGGCACGCACGCAAGUUGCUCAAUAACACUAGAGAUUCGUCGUCGCUCGGUUCUGGUUCUGGGCACUAUAAUUCAACGGAGCGGAUGGGGCCGGACGACUGUUCGGAGGAGGACGUGGUGGUGUACCAGAGCAGCGCCAACCCAUUGCCGAGCGGCAUCCCGGCGUACACCGUGCAGAUCACCAACGUCUGCGGCGGCUGCACGGUGUCCGGCGUCCACGUCGCGUGCGGCGACUUCGCCUCCACGGAGCUCGUCGACCCUGACAAGUUCCAUCGCGUCGGCUUCAACGACUGCAUCGUCAAGGGGGGCGCGCCCAUGGAGCCGAGCGAGGCUGUCUCCUUCCAGUACUCCAACUCCUUCUCCUACCAGCUAAACGUUGCGUCCGUCGUCUGCGAGUAGAUCCCGGCCGGCCACUGCUGGGCGCACCCUACGCUUGCUAUUUCUGCAUCAGUUGGUGUUUAUCUCUUUCUUGCAUUGUGGUCCGCAAAUAAAAUAAACCAAUGCAAUACUUUUUGCAACGGUAUUCAUGCCAUAGGAGCAUCACAGCCAGUAAUCUCUGUAUUUCUCAGCCGGUUGGAGUAUAAAUCCAAAUAAUUUCCAUCAGGUUCUCGUUUUUUUA